AUGGCUGCUCUGGGCUCCACGGCGGCUCUUCCUCCAGAUGUCAGUCCCGGUUUCGCGGUGGUCUGCUCGUUUUUGGAGCGCUACGGGUCUGUUCUGGAUCUGCCCGAGCUGUCGUUCCCGCAGCUGGAGCGGUACCUACAGGAGACAUCUUCGGUUCCUCGGCCAUUGAUUGAGCUCCACAUCAAACUGCUGCGGAAGAUUGGCAAGUCGGUCACACCAGACAGAUGGGAGAAGUAUCUUGUAAAGGUGUGCCAGGAAUUUAACAGCACCUGGGCAUGGGAAAUGGAAAGAAAGAGCUACCUAGAAAUGACGGUAGAGUGCAAGACUGGCAUUUUAAAGUACUUGUGCGAGUGCCAGUUUGACGACAAUCUCAAGUUUAAGACAUUAAUCAACGAGGAAGACCCAGACAAGAUGCGUCUACAGCCCAUCGGUAGAGACAAGGAAGGUCUUCUCUACUGGUUCCAGUUAGAUCAAGAUCAGAAUAUACGUGUUUAUUCUGAGGAACAGGAUGAUUUGGAUGGGUCCUCGUGGAAAUGCAUUGCAAGGACUAGGAAUGAUCUUGCAGACACACUAGAACAGCUUAAAGCCGAGAUCGCAACUGACCAAGAGAAGCAAGACGGAUCCACCAGCCCAAGUAUGGAGGCCGAAGGUGUUAAAGGUGAGGUUGAGGACUUGAAGAACCAUGUAUCAGGCCGAGGAGACUUCACCAAUAGCACCUUCAAUUCGAAUCAAAGUGAGUUAAUACCUAAAGACAUUAAAAAAGAACCAAUGGGUCCCAUUAAACCAGAGAAAGAAGAAAAAGUUGCUGAAAAUUUCCAACCCGUAGUGGUCAUCGACAACAGGGUCAGUACGAUAAAAACUCUCAUGAAACAAGAACCAAAAGGUUGUCCCAAACCAUGGAACGCCAUUUCCGUCGUCAUGCCCCCUGCUUCCAUUAAACACGACCCGGCGGUGAAAUCAGAGACGUGCGAAGACAAGAAAGAGCUGGUGUUUGAGAACGUGGCUAGAGCUGUAAAGAGCGACCAACAGGCUAAAAUACCACUGAAGAAGAGGGAGUUGAAGAGGAGUGGAGGAUAUGACAUCAGCAACCACAACAACAACAACAUUAACAGCAAUGGAAGCAUCAGCACGGGAGGUAUAAUCGUUCGCAAUCCUACUGUCUUGCCAUUGAAGGAACAGCCAGUCAGAAAAGAAUGCCCUACUAAAGAAGAGGAAGGACAGACGGCCAUCAUCUCUGUCCCACGAGACCCAAAGGUUGACCAAAUGGCAGCAGGGGAACAAUGCAUAGGUGUUGGAGUUAUCAAAGGUCCCACUGAGCGUAAAAAGCCACUGAAUGAAAACGAUAAGUCUCCAAAUGGUCAUCACGGGAAUGUCUUGAAGACUGAAGUUAGUAAAGAUAGUGCAAGACAGUCUGUCCUUUUUGGGAAAUCCAUGGUUCAAGCAGACAACGGUCCUCUUUCUUGUAGUAUCCCUGAAGAUUUGUCAAAAGAUGCUUGCGAUAAGAGCACAGAUGUGUCUGCGAAAGCAUCAAACCUUGUCGACUCGUCAACGAUUGAAGAGACCACUUCAGUUGAGAAAAAGGUUGAAAAAGUCGGCAGUGAAGAAGACGCUAUUGAGCUCAAAAGCAAGACAGUUGGUUUGUCAGCCGGAGAAAAAAAUGAUGUUGAGGAUGUCAGCAAAGACAAGAGUCUGAGAAGCCCAAGAAAGAGACGUUCACAGAAGUCCAAAUCCAAGAUGCAAGCAAGAGAAGAUGGGCAGAACGCUUCCAGCAUGGGUGAGGAUUUGGAAAAGGAUGCAGAAAAAACUAGACUCAACGAGGAUGAAGAGGUAUCGUCAGAACUUCAGAAGGAAGGGAUUCGCCUUAAGAUUAAGAUACCGCUUCAUAGACGAACGCCUGAACUCCAGCACAAGGACACAGAGGAGUCGGACACCAGCAAUCGGAGAUCCCUGCGAAGAUCUGCCAGAAUCUGUAAGCCCAUUCCCAAAAAGGCAGAUACUCGGGAUGGGAAACAAGACGGAAAACCUUCAGCCUCAUCAGCAGCUCAGGAUGAGGAGGAAUGCGCAGAAGACGAAGAGACCAAAGUUCUUCCCAACAAGGAGAUGGACACAGAAGCACAGCCCAAGUCUUUUAAGGCCAAACGGCGACAAAGGAGGAAACCCUGGUCGAAAAUUCGUACGAAGAGGAAGAGGGAAGAGGAAGUGGCCGAAGACAAAGCCGUAAAUAAUGAAGACAACAAAUCAGAGACAGAAGACAACAAAAGUGAGACCGAAUCGGACCAAUCCGAUGAAAUUCGUUCUGAAGAUGCUUGUAAACACUGUGGGCUCGCCAACCACCCAGAACUAAUCCUUCUUUGUGACAUGUGUGACAGCGGCUAUCACACGGCCUGUCUGAGACCCCCUCUAAUGAUCAUUCCUGAUGGAGAAUGGUUCUGCCCUCCCUGCCAGCAUAAGCUUCUCUGUGAGAGGUUGGAAGAGCAGCUUCAGAAUCUGGACACGGCUUUGAAGAAGAAAGAGAGAGCUGAACGAAGACGUGAGCGGUUAGUGUAUGUGGGCAUCAGCGUGGAGAACAUUAUAUCCACCCCUGAUGGUGAUGGGGAGGACAGCUUGACAGAGAAGAAAAAAGAUGCCAAGAAAACAAAAAAUCUGGGCAGGCGGUCGACUAGGACGAGGAAAUCCAUCAGUUAUAGGUUUGAUGAUUUCGAUGAAGCCAUUGAUGAAGCAAUAGAGGAAGAUAUUCAAGAUUCAGAAGGAGGAGGUUCUGGUGGCGUUAAACCUGUGCCGCCCGUCACGAAUCAGCAGAGGAACGUGGCGAGUCGUGAGAGUCGACGGCCUGUGAAAGCUCCCGCCCCGCGCAAGAGGAAACGCCGGCGACUCAAUGACCUGGACAGUGACAGCACGCUGGACUCGGAGGAGAGCGAGGACGAGUUUCAGAUCAGUGACAGUAUGGAGGAGGAGGAUUUUGUGGUUUCAGGAGACGGUGCGUCUGAGGGUGAUGCGGGAUCUAAUGAUGCGAGUGAAUGGGGCAGCGGUGAAAGUGCCUCCGAAAAUCAACCGCCCUCCAGACGAACAGGAAGAAGCGCUCGCUCCCAGGGAACCAGGAGGAGCAGACGCAAACCUCCUUCCCGACGAAGAGGCACCUCAGAGGAAGAGGACGUGCUAGACUCUGAGGAGGAGGAAGAAGAAGGAAUGGAAACCGAGGGCUCUAACGAGUUCAGCGACAGAGAUGUGGACGUGAAUAGAAGGCGUCUGCGACGGAGUCAGAACUCUCAGGUCAACUACUAUGAGACGUCCGAGUCUGAAGGGUCACGAAAGGUGUCCAAUCAGAAGCAGUCCUCUCUUCCUCACCGUCGACGGCUGUCCAGCUCCAACAGUGAAGAGUCCAUACCUUCAAAAGACUUAAAGCCAAAGCAAUCGCAUCAGAGAUCAGAAAAAGGACGCAAGUGCAGUUCAACAAGGGAAGAGUCCAAACACAGGCACAAACGAGAAAAACAGAGACAGCAGAGAAGCUCCAGUGAAGACGAGGAGGAGGAGGAGGAUGAAGGAGAAACAGAGGACUCCGCUGAAGACGAGCGGCCCUUUCGCAAGAGGUCGAACCGCAUCGAAACAGACGAAGAAGAAGAGGAAGAGGAGAACAGACGAGGAGGCGUCCGGUGGAAGCACACGGCGGGCUCUCGGGGUCCCGUCAGGCACAACGGCUUGGUCCCGCUGAGGGCCGCAGCUCAAGAUGACGACGAAGAUGAUGAGGACGAGGAAGAGUUCACUGGAGUCACGGACCUUGUUAACUUUGUUUUCGACAGUGAACAGUUGUCAUGAUGAGGAAUGUCCCUCAUCAGCCACUGUAGUCUCCUGGUUUUUUGGGUGAAGUGGACCAAAAAUGAAGCUUCCAGAUGAAAGCCGUAGUGUCCUGUGUUCAGAUGUUCAUCCAGCCGCAUGCAUCACAGACCGGUGUAGAACAGGCUCUUCUUAAUACUCCAGUCAGCAUUCCUCAGAGUAAAGCACUUUGUCAUUUACGGCCAGUACCAUUUCAUUUGUAUAAAGCGGCUUCCGUCGUCCUCUAGAGACACUGGACGGCGUGCAUUUGAAGCUUACGUGUUACAUGCAUUUCAGACUGGGGUUUUAGAGUUUUACAUUCUCUGUAUUAAUGUUUUAUUCUUUGCUGUACAUGAAGGAAACUUGGGAUUGAUGUGUGAUGCCGAUCCUUGCCUAAAUGCAUUCAUUCAGUUAAAGGAAGAGUUCAUCCAAAAUGUGUAUAAGUUUGAUUCUUUAUGGGAACAGAUUUGGAGAAAUGUAGCAUUGCAUCACUUGCUCACCAGUGGAGUGAAUGGGUGCCGUCAGAAUGAGAGUCCAAACAUCACAAUAAUCCACACCACUCCAGUCCAGAAGUUAACAUCUUGAGAAGACAAAAGCUGCAUGUUUAUAAGAAACAAAUUCAUUAUUAAGAUGUUUUUAAUUUCAAUCUGAGUCCCCAGUCUACUGGGAAAAGUCUUGUCUGAAUCAGGAGAGAAAUCUGCACAGAUCAAAAACCCGCUUACAAGCCAAACCAGCUCUAAACUAAGAUGUGUAUGGAUUUUGAUGUGAGAGGACAACAGGAGAUUAUUUUUUUCACUGGAGGAAGUGUUCUUACGGAUUCAUAUUUUGCCUAGAGGUUACAGUUUUAAGUUAAAAUGCUUUAAUGAUGGAUUUAUUUCUUAAAAACAAACACCUUUUGUCUUCUCCAGAUGUUAACUGAUGAACUGGAGUGCUGUGGAUUACUGCAAUGUUUUUAUCCGCUGUUCGGUCUCUCAUUCUGACAGCACCCAUUCACUACAGAGCAUCCACUGCUGAGCAAAUGAUGGAGUGCUAUAUUUCUCCAAAUCUACUACAUUUUCAGCAAAUCUUCAUUUUAGGGUCAGCUAUUCAUUUAAACUAGUUAGUCAACAAGCAAAUACAUGAAGAAGCACAUUAGGAGGAUAAUCGAAGAUGAUCUUAAUAUUAAAGAUCUGCAAUUUAGCUGCAAAUCAUUUUAAUUUUAAAGAGUAAUACACUCUCUUUACCUAAAAUAACAUUGUAUGUUAUACUAAAGAGAAUAUGAUUGACUUAUUUUUCAUAUUAGGACGUUUUCUGCACUUUGAAAGCAGUUACUGAAGUUUUAGGACACUUUAAUGAGACUUUAAUGAGAGUUUUAAUGUCACAUGAAUAUGCACUUGUCGUUCAAGCAGCUUUGACGGUGCCGUUUGGUAAAGUACUGUUCAACAACAGUCAGAUCACUCUUUCCAUAGAGGUGUUUUUUUACUAUUUACUCCAGGCUGGUGUCUUUUAUGCUGGAAGGUUGUUUGAAUUAGAACACUAUGAAUUCAUUCCAAAACAAAUCCAUUACGAAACAAAUCCAAUAUUCAGAAGAGAGAAAAAAAAAAAAAAAAAAGAAGCAUUAGAUUUAUUAUGGUAUUUGCUUUCAGUUAAAGAAUGUGUUUUUGAUCCGUAUACUACUGGAACUUCUGUUUUCCUUCUCAUUUUUAUCCCUAUCUUACUUUGCAGAUGUACGUCUCCAUGUUUCAAGGAAAUUAUACACAAAACGGAAAUAAACUUAAUGUUGCUGUUAAA